AUGCCGUUCGGACAGGGACCAGGAAACGGAAGUGAUCCCGGAGGCAGAGCUAAAUGUGCGUUGCCGCCGCCGGGUGAAAUGACGGAAUCAGCACAGAGGCCCGGGGGACAGCACAUUGACUGGGAAUUGGAAGGCAGUACAUGUAAAACAGAGCCACACGUGUUGCUGGGCCAAGAAGGCAUCCAUGAGGAUGCAGGUGACGAUGGCAUCUCUGAAAGCUUCCAGCUUCUGCAGAUUGACCUGGAUUGUGAGAGUCCAGAGAGAAGGACCCUGCUCACAGACGGUACCACCUGGUGUUCGAAAAAUGUGCAAAGAAAACAGAAACACUGGGAAAAGAUAGUUGCAGCAAAGAAGAACAAAAGAAAGCAAGAAAAAGAAAGACGAAAAGCCAAUCGUCCUGAAAACCCAGGCAUCUGCCCCCAGCAUAGCAAACGUUUUCUGAGAGCUUUGACCAAAGAGAGACUUUUGGAAGCCAGACACUCAGGACCAAAACUCUGUAUCGAUUUGAGUAUGACCAGCCACAUGUCUAAGAAGGAAUUAAGUAGACUGGCAGGACAGAUCCGAAGAUUGUAUGGUUCAAAUAAAAAAGCUGAGAAGCCCUUUUGGAUCUGCCUUGCUGGACUCACAACAGACAGUGCCCUGUAUGAAGAGUGCUUGAGGAUGAAUGACGGAUUUUCUAGUUACGUGCUAGAUGUAACAGAAGAAGACUGCUUUAGUUUAUUUCCUCUGAAAUCCCUUGUGUACCUGACUCCCGACUCUGAACACGUGCUUGAAGAUGUUGAUCUAAACAAAGUUUACAUUCUUGGUGGACUUGUGGACGAGAGCAUUCAGAAGAAGGUGACAUUUCAAAAGGCCCGAGAACACUCUGUCCAGACAGCCCGCUUGCCGAUUCAGGAGUACAUGGUCAGACGCCAAAACAGAAGAAACUACCAUUCAGAGAUACUGGCCAUCAAUCAAGUGUUUGAUAUCCUGUCCACUUACUUUGAGACUCACAGCUGGCCUGAGGCACUGAAGAAAGGAGUUUCUUCCAGAAAAGGCUAUGUUCUUCAGAAUUCAGUGGAGUGGACAGCCUAGGACUGGCUGC